AUGAAGAAGCGGCUGGAAAGAAAGAUUGUGUUGACAAAAGUAGACAGUUAUCAUGAAAGCGUGAAGAAAGUAAGAGUUCCCGAUAAAUUUAACCAAAGAAGUAGGUCCAGUAAGUCGGCAAAAAAUAGCGAAUUUGAGCCGAAUGUGGGUGAUGGUGAUGCAUCUGAGCAUGGUCGCAGUGGACGUAGAUUGAGACGACGACGUGUCUCUGAAAUGGAGGACAACGACUCAUCUGACAAAGAUGGCCAAACCAAACGCGAUAAUUUGCGAAAAAGGAGCACGCCUAAAACGGAGCCGCAGAUUGCAUUUAGCGUAAAGUUGGGAAACCUUGCAAAAACCGAUCGUGUUCGUAACAUUAUGCCUGCUUUGGCAAAACGUGGUGUAAAGCCCUUCGAUAUAACAUGGAGAGGAGUGGAAGGUUUUUGUUAUUUGCAUUUCGCAAAGAAACCUCCAGGUGUGGACUCCCUUGGAGUAGACUCUAUUAUCAAAACACUUUUGGUGUCAACAGCGCAGACAUCAGUGCAGUCCCGAGCCCCGAGCCGGCAGCAAGACAACCCACCGCCAUCGAGUUCAGCAGCAGCCGAGGACAACGGAGGCGCUGUCACCGCCAACAAUUCGGCGGUCAGCGGCAACGGGCCGGCCGAUUCUGCCGCCGGUCUCCAACCUGACAGCUUAGAGGAUCAGCCCAGGGGAGAAGUGACAGCUGAAAACACGGACUCGGAGGACGACGACACAGAGGAAGUCGCUGCUGGUAGGGGCGGAUGGGGCGCUACUGCUAUGGGUGCGCAGUCAAGGGCGGCGAGUCCCCCCGCAGGCAGCGAGACUUCUUCGAUAGGACCACCCAUGCCGCAACGGUACCCUCAAGCGAACACGCACAAUCUUGACAGCGGUACGGGUAGCAGAUAUGCAAAUCUAUCAUACUGGAAGGCGAGAAGAGUUCUCUUCUACAGAAAUGGUGAUCCGUAUUUUCCAGGCGUAGAAUUUAGGUUUAAACCAGGUCGAGAUAUUGCAACGUUAGAAUCACUUCUCGAUAAAUUGUCUUUGAGAAUGGAUUUACCAAGGGGCGCCCGAUAUGUUUUUUCAAUGGACGGAGACAGAAAGUACAGCUUGGACGAGUUGGAAGACGGCGCUUCUUAUGUUUGUUCUUCAUACAAAACUUUUAAGCCGGCGAGUUACGGUAAGAAGAACGGCAUCUGGUACGCUGCACCCGGUGGUCAGGGUUGGGGCAGAGCUUCGUUAUCCCGUAAAUCUUCCAUUGCAGAAGCAGACACAAUGCACAACCCUAACAUGGCGAGCACGAAGCCAACGGCGGGCAGAGUCAUAAGGAUUGUAAAUAAUAUGGACCAUAGUGUACAGUGUCGAGUUCUACUCAAUCUGCGCACAUCACAACCUUUUGAAGAAGUUUUGGAAGACUUGGGCCAAGUUUUAAAAAUGAGCGGUGCUAAAAGAAUGUUCACUCCGAGCGGACAAGAAGUACGUAGUUUUUCGCAGCUCCGCAACGAGUUUGCCGAUUUUGAUACAUUCUACCUCGGUUCGGGUGUAAUUGGAACCAUAGGAUCUCCCAUAGUCAGAAGAUCCAGAUCCCGAGGAAACCUGAGCAGUGUUCCCACGGGAACCGCCAGCGUCGCUGGUGACGAACCCAGUGGAACCAAAACGCCUCAAAGGAGGGCCAGAAGCAAAAGCAGGCCCAGGGCCUUGUAUGCGGCUGAUGGGGAAGUUGUACCCACCGGGAGAGAUUACACUCUUUUGGAAGUGUUGAAGGAGGAGCCAGUGCGUGUUACAAUACGGGGUCUUCGCAGAACCUUCUAUCCGCCAAUACAUCACGCACCCGUUGACAACUCUCCACCAGAGAAGAGAAUGCAAUUAGAAUGGGUUUAUGGUUACCGAGGGACCGAUUCGAGGCGAAAUCUUUGGGUGCUCCCGACUGGAGAACUCUUGUACUAUGUUGCAGCAAUUGCCGUCAUGUACGACAGAGAUGAAGGUGUUCAGAGACAUUAUGCUGGUCAUACCGAAGACAUACAAUGCAUGGACCUACAUCCUUCUCGUGAAAUGGUGGCCUCUGGUCAAAGGGCAGGAAGAAAUAGAAAAACUCAAGCACACAUCAGAAUUUGGAGUACGGAAACUUUGCAAACGCUCUACGUUUUUGGAAUGGGAGAAUUGGACGUCGGCGUAGCAGCUGUGGCAUUCUCACAAUUGAAUGGUGGCAGUUACGUCCUGGCAGUAGAUGGUGGUAGAGAAAGUAUUCUGUCAGUGUGGCAAUGGCAAUGGGGUCACUUAUUAGGAAAAGUUGCUACAUUACAAGAAGACUUAACGGGAGCUGCGUUCCAUCCUCUCGAUGAUAAUUUAUUGAUAACUCAUGGAAAAGGACAUCUCACGUUUUGGAAUCGAAGAAAAGACGGAUUCUUUGAACGGACUGAUAUUAUAAAACCGCCAUCCCGAACGCAUGUCACCUGUUUGCAAUUUGAGGUAGACGGAGACGUUGUCACAGCUGAUGGCGAUGGAUUUAUUACCGUCUACAGCGUGGACAGUGAUGGUGCAUAUUUUGUCAGAAUGGAGUUUGAGGCACAUAACAAAGGAAUCAGUAGUCUGGUGAUGUUAUCGGAAGGAACAUUGUUAUCAGGAGGCGAAAAAGAUAGAAAAAUUGCUGCCUGGGAUACAUUACAAAAUUAUAAAAGAAUUACUGAUACCAAGCUUCCAGAAAGUGCAGGCGGUGUUCGUAGUAUUUAUCCACAAAGGCCAGGAAGAAACGACGGAAAUAUUUAUGUUGGCACAACUAGAAAUAAUAUUAUGGAAGGAUCACUACAAAGGAGAUUCAAUCAGGUCGUGUUUGGUCACGGAAGACAAUUAUGGGGUUUGGCCGUUCACCCUGACGACGAACUAUUUGCGACGGCAGGACACGACAGGCACGUCGCUCUUUGGAGGCAACACAGGCCGAUAUGGACUGUCCAGACAGCGCACGAAUGCGUGUCACUUGCCUUCCACCCUGCAGGAAGCGCAUUGGCGGCAGGGUCGACCGAGGGACACCUGAUCGUCCUGAACACGGAAGCGGCGGGGGCCACCGUGGCCAGUGUCAGAGUUUGCGGUUCGCCCCUGAAUGCAUUAGGAUACAAUCAAGCUGGAGACAUGGUGGCCAUUGUAUCUCAAAACGGUUCCGUAUAUUUAUUCCGAGUUUCCCGAGAUGGAUUCAGUUAUAAAAAAUUAAACAAAAUCAGAGGAACCCAACCAUUAAUACAAUUAGAUUGGAGCAAUGAUGGAUUAUUUUUGCAAACGUGCACGGCCGAUUACGAUUUAGCAUUUUGGGAUGUCAAAUCGCUCUCCCCGGAAAAAAGUCCAAUUGCAAUGAAAGAUGUGAAAUGGUUGACUCACAAUUGCACUGUAGGAUUUUUAGUAGCUGGAAUGUGGAACAAUCGAUUCUACCCAAUGACAUCAUUGAUUAUGACUUCUAGCAGAUCAUCUGCUCAGGAUCUUCUAAUUAGUGGAGAUGCUGAUGGAUAUUUAAGAUUGUUCAGAUACCCGUGCACGAAUCCUAAAGCCGAAUACUCCGAAGAGAAGGUGUACAGCGGGCAGGUGGCCUGCGCCCGUUUCCUCUACAACGACAGGAACGUCGUCACGGUCGGGGGCACCGACGCCUCCCUGAUGCUCUGGGAGCUGGUCGAGGAAUAG